UCAUCAGUGACAGACCACAUCUUUUCAUUCCAACUGUUGAACGGCGAGAAGAAAGGAAUAUGGAAGAGAAAGACGAAUUACCUGGUCGCAUAGUGCGAAUCGACAGAGGUUUUGCGAAUAUUUCGGUAUCAGGUCGGGCCGGGAAUACUCGCCUCGAUACGUCGGCUGCUCGCCGUAGCACGGGUACGUACAUUGCCGAUCUCCGUGAUAUUUUAGAAAUCAAUACUUGGCUUAAGGUUCGAGUUGUUCCAAUGUCCGAGGAGGCCCUGUCAAAGAUUCCUGAACGCUUUCGAAAUGCGGCGAGGAGAAAUUCUCAAUGGGAAGUGAAGUUUGUCAGGAAAGACAUUGAACCAGCGCCGCAAUUAAGUCAGUUCAACGUUCCCGAGAGGUAUUUUACAGACACCGGCAGCUUUAGUGGUGUGCCACGAGAGGCUGUCGGCCGGAUCAUCUCAGCACUUCUGCAGAUCACAACCAUGCUCAACAACUUACGACUUCAGAAGCUCCUGCCUCUCGUAAAAUCACAUUUCAAAGUCAAAGAAAUCCCUGAAAUCGGCCGUUAUUUAGCGACAGAAGGGGAUCUGGAAAGAUUCAUCCUGAAUUGUCCUCAAUAUUUCACGAUUUCAUUAAGCGUUGUGAAGCGCUGUUGUGGGUUUAGCGAGGAAGUUUUCAAUUCAGCCCUUACCAAGAAGGCCCUAGAGAUACAACUUCCAAUGAAGAGAAGACAGACUGCUGCUGCAUCUGCUGCUGGUGACCCUGUUGAUUUCAAAGAUGUGCUCAGUCAAACCGAAAUCAUCGAUUCUGUGGGGGCCUGUAAUCGAGUUCUUGAUCCGAUCCUUGACCAGUCUAGAAGAGAGACUGUGGUCAUUGGACUCGACUGUGAAGGUGUCAAAUUAGGGACAGCGAACGGAUGCCUGACUCUUGUUCAGAUCUCAACGUGGGACGGAAAAGCAUUCCUCUUUGAUGCAUUCAAGAACCCUCAGCUUCUCAAAGGAAACUCUAGUCUCAAGAAGAUACUAGAACAUAACAACAUUCUGAAGGUGAUCCAUGAUUGUAAAAGUGACACAUACUCCCUGUAUCAUGGGUUUGGUGUAAAACUCAAGAACGUGUUUGAUACGUCGAUUGCGAUGCGCACAAUAAUGGAGCAACUGAACAGGAAUCGAUCCUACCAAGUCGGUUUCAAAACUCUUUGUGAGCUUCUCGGAGAGGGCGCAUCUCACAAAGACGAUGCGUUUGUGAAGAAGAUGCUUGAGACGCCAGAUUUCUGGAAGAGUCGACCAUUAAAAGAAGAGAUGAUCUACUACGCUGCAUCUGAUGCAUUGUGUUUGGUUCCCAGCGUCUACCUGAAAAUCAACGGAAUGCUGACACCGCGUUGGCGAGACCUGUUCACGUGGUCUUGCAAUAAUGCCAUGGAAAACAUGCAGAGACGCGGUUACCAAGGCAACUGACAGAUGACAUCAGAAAUCAGACCAAGCUCUUUCAAAAGCCAACCACCGUGGAGCUCCUUUUCUUAAAAACCGGAGAAUUAAUAUCGAAGACGACGACAGCGACAAUAUUUUCUUCUAAAUAUCAUCACGCUCAAAAACGUGUUAUUUUAUACAUUAAUUUUACUAUCAUUAUCAUUUAUAAAGGGCCUCUUUACAGAGCUGUAAACACUUUUCGUCGCAUGAUUAGCUUGUUUUGAUAGCAGAUUGAACUCAUUACCAAUAUUGAGGAAAUGGGUAUAGCAUCAUCAUCACUGCAGUGUCAUGAAGAUCUUAAUUGUGAUGAUGGAGAUUUAUAGCAUGUAAAUGGUACCCUAUUUUUCUUUUAAGAAUAUCAAUUGUUCACAACCCACACUUUAAACCGGCAUUCUCAUCUGCUGAAAUAACUGAUUUUUGAGGAAUUAAUUUAUUAAGAAUUCAAUGUAAAUCGAAUGGUAAGUCCAUAUUUAUAUAAUAUUUAAUUUGAUUUUUUUUUUGGGGG